AUGAGCUCCCCACCAACCCACAGAAAGCCCUCAGUGCCACAUCAAGUGCGCACAGCAGCGGAACCCCGCCAGAACCGCCUCUACCCAGUCCGCCUCUCGCACAUCGAACAGAUCAACCCAACAGUCCGACUCCUCCAACUCGCCAUACCCCCGUCAAACCAAGAUCCAGAAUCAGACUCCGACACUCCAGCGUCCGAACCAUUCACCUUCCUCCCGGGCCAAUGGCUCGACGUCCACAUCCCCUCCAUCGCCAACGCAGGCGGGUUCACCAUAACCUCCACGCCAGCAGACGCUACAGCCCUCCCCGUGCCCUCACCAAAACAAGGCAAUGGGGCUGACGAGGAUGAGUCCCUGUCCGUGAGCGUCGAAGACGACGAAACGGGCUUGCCCCCCGUCGACGCGCAAGGCAGACAGCCCUACGUGGAGCUCGCCGUGCAAAAGGCGCCGUCGAACCCCGCCAGCGCGUGGCUGUGGCGUGAACCGCGCGAAAUCCUAGACCAGGAAUUACGAGUCCGCGUCGGAGGUAGCUUCGUGUGGCCGCCGACGGGCGUAGACAAUCUGGAUAAGGUGCAGACGGUGGUGCUGAUUGCGGGGGGUGUAGGCAUAAACCCCCUAAUCUCCAUCCUCUCCCACCUAAACAACAACAGCAGCAAAACCCCCCACUCCUUCACCAUCCACAUCCUCUACUCCACCAAACAGCCACACACCUCCGACCUCUCCCAAAUCCUCUUCCUCUCCCGUCUCCAACAGAUCAUUCGCUCGCAGUCCUAUUCCCGCCGUCUAUGCAUUUCUCUUGACCUUUUCUUGACUUCUCCGUCGGAUCAACCUACUUCUUCUGUGUCAGAUGGCGCCACAUCAGCACCACCAGCAGCAGCAGCAGAUGACCUCCGCGUCCAUAAACGGAGAAUCAACGAGUCCGAUCUCCGAACGGCCCUUGCCUCUGCUACCGGACGGGUUGAGCCCGCGGAGACUGUAUGCUACGUGUGUGGGCCGCCGCGGAUGACAGACGAAAUGGUUGAUGUAUUAGGGGGGAUGUUGGGGGGUCAAGAGCGGGUGUUUUACGAGAAGUGGUGGUGA